UGCGUCGAGAUAGUCGACGAGGACGCUGGGUGGUGAGUGCCACCUUUUCGGGUGUACUCCCAGGUCCUACGCCGUCAGGACCAAGGGGUUCUGUUUCUUUCGUCGUCGCGUUCCCCUCCAUCCGCCCCUAACCGCGCGCCACACACACACACACGCACACAUACAACACACACACACACAUACACGCUCUCACACAAACACACACACAGUGGGAAACCAAGGGUGGCACGGAGAGAGAGAGUUUGCCGAGGAAGGAACAAAAAAAAUAGAGAAGGACAGGAUCGAUAAAACCGGCGGCCAGCGUGUUUCUCGCAUCGGUUGUUCUCUCUGCGCGCGUGAUCAUCCACCGUGCGUGACGUGACAUCGCGCCGUCCACCCUCUGUUUCCUCGCGCGUGCCACCAGGACCACCGAGGAAAGUCCGGGAUCCGACGGGGUGCGGCCGACGAUGGUGAAGGCCCCGAGCCUGGGACCCGCCGCCGGUCCCCAGGGAACUAGGAAGACCCAGACUGGCCCGGAGAUCGCGAUCAACCCGAGGAACCUGCAGGCUGAGUUCUCGCCGCCGACCCCGGGCAUCCGAACAGAUGGCAAUUCGUACGGCAAGAACGCGGCAGUUUAUCAUCCCCAGGUGGACGUCUCGACCCAGGUGGACGUGCACGGCGGUUUCGGCGCGUCCGGCGGCAACAUUAGCAUCGACUGGGAUCGCCGUGCGACACCGCUCUACUCUCGGGAGGACAUCAAAGAGCAGUACUGCAUUACCAGUCGACAAUUGGACGCUGUCGAGAAAUCCGAGGGCGGGUUCUUCGGUUGUCUGUCGACGAAAGGGCCGUCGCCAUGCAGCUCGGCGCGCACCUCGAUCCUAUCCGCCUGCGUGAGAAGCGUGCCCAGCGAUGAGAACCUCUGCGACGCCCCCUACCCUUGCCGGCCCUACCAGAUCAUGUACCGUCAGCCUCACCCGACCUAUCCGAGGGGCCUCUAUCGUUACGACUUCGAGGAUGAAGCCGACUGGAUCAAGAGUUCCUACUUUCGGCGCCGACCCAGAUCUUUCUGCACCGUGCCCGAUCCGAAGAGGUACACCUGGCUUCCAGAGGAUGAGGAAUCAACGAAAUUGGAAGGUCCUCGACCUGUGCUGCCGCCCGCACCCCCGCCGCCCGCUGCUCAAGCCCCGAAAACGAAGCACGUGAGCUUCGCCAGGUCGCAUACCCUCACGUCCUUUGACGUUCCAAGGAGCAGGAGUCCUCCGAGACCGCAGAACCAGGAACGGCUCAUAGAUUCUCAACCAACGAUGCAGAAUGCGAUGCUACCUUCGACCUUACCCCUGAUGCACCCCUACGUCGCCAGCGAGCCGCGUGUUGUUGUUCUCGAGAAGCCACCGAAACGCGGCGCGAUGAAGACUCAAGCAACCCAAACGGAAAUGCCGGAUGUGUUUCGAGGACGAGUUCCUGUCCGGCUCAGCCCCAGGACGAUACACCGCGUGAAAAUGGUCUCGCAGGGGGCGCAGACCAACGGUCUGUUCAACGGAAGAAAAUUAACGAAAAGUUAUUCGGAGGCCGGACAACUGGGCACGCCGUUGGGCGGUGGUCAAGCCGGGACAACCGGAAAAGAGGAAACCGAACACGAACCUCUUCACAGAACGCAGAGCGAAGAACCGCCCAGGUCUCCGUUCCUCGUCGACACACCACCACCUCAAGAACCUAGUGUCACCGGCCCGAUGGAAGAGAUAUUAACUAACGGGAUUGCGCCGGAGCACAUAAAGCACAUCCCUGAAGGUCAACGAAGGUCCAUGGACAUAGACGACAAGGAAAUCCUCAUAGACUUUAAGCCUGCGCCCGUGUCACCGGAUGCUCGGGCUCUCCUCAACCGAAUAUCGCUGUCGACGAGGAGGUUCCUGCCGUUGCAGAAAACCUUCUCCGACGGUGAAAUUCGCAUCGAGAGGCGCGAGCUCGUCGGCGAAGUCGGUGAACCGUCUUAUCCUCACACGUGCAGGAGGAACCAUCAGGACCCCUGGGGCAGGACCGUCAGAGCACCCGUCCAAUUCUCCUCGACGCCAGAGGAUCUGUCCUUGCUCAGGGUCACCACGCUCCAAGACGAGCAUCCCGAAGAGGAGUUCCACGAGAAUCUCAUCCGGAGGGGACUGUUCCGCAAGAGGAGCGUAUCGCUCGAGGAUGGCGUGCAAGGUUUAACAUCGGACGACUUCAUGCUACCGAGAUCGCUACCCACGUCGCCAACGUCGCCGACUGCAGUAUCAAUGUCUUAUGCUGUUCCAGCGCCAAGAAGGAUUUUACAGAGUCCUGGAGAAUACACGUCACCGUUGAAGUUGUUACGACAAACAGGAGCACUUUGCCCGAUAGUUUUCAGUCCUGGAUCCGGAAUUUCCGGUAUGAUCACAUCCCCGUUCGCGUCAAGUGAUUCGCUAACGAACGACAUCACGAGGGACCACAGCGAUGGAAUUUGGAACGAGUCUCAGGCGACGGUUCUCCAGGCUGAUUCGUUAGCCCUUCUGACGCCGUCUUCGAGGAGGAGACAUCUCCUGCUACUGCAGCACCAGCAACGGUCCUCGAUGGACACCGAGGCGCUCGAUGUUGAGGAAACAAUGGAAUCACGUUCAUCGAGUCCGAGGAUACGUAUCGGGACAACGAUGCCCAUCCAGCCGUUAACGCCAAGGCAAUUACUUCUCAGCGUCGAAUCGUCCACCACUCCGAGCAAUGGCAGACCGAGGAACGGACUUCGUCGUCCGAGCCCUGGUCCGCCGUUGUCGCAACCACAGUCGCAAUCGUCGAGCGAGUUCGGUUUGAGCCUCGCGAGGACCGACUCGGGCGGUCGCACGAACACCGACCUGUCCGAGACCUCCGAAGACUACGUCACUGCCAACACCUCCACCGAGACUGGGACCACUACCGGCACUUCGGCAACGACCAGUUCCUGGUCGAGGCCCCCGCAGACGUCCAGCGCCGCGGCCUCGGCCUCGGCGACAGCCACUGCCGCGGAAGGAAGUUCCUUUGAGAGUGCCAGUUCGAUUUACAGCUUGGCUCGCAGCGAGGCUGUCGUUGAAGAACCAUGCAGCCCGCCGCCGAUCCUCGAGGAGACGGAAAUUCCGUUUGGAUUGGAUGUGCCUGCGUCACCGGCGAGGUCCAGCAGCAGCAGCAGCUCGGGCAGUUACGACCUGAAAGAUGCAAUGACAGAUCCGGGUCACGAACUCGAGCAGACUGCGCCUCUGAGCGGACACACCUCAGAGGCGGAACAGGACGGUGACGAAGCUCACCAUUCCUCCUCCGGCGGGUACGCCGAGUCUCCGCCAGAUUUGCGCACUUGGAGCGAAGAGGAACGUCGCAGGCGACGGAAGAACUUCAGCCUCGAGUUUCUGGGGAGCGCCGCGGAGACCGAACGCGGCACAGAGCUUUAUACGGACGAGGCCGAAGUCAGCCCGACGCCGAGCCAUCGGCACAGACCAAAGGCAAAGUCCGCGAGCGCCAAAAGCCCGCACCGGAACAACAGGAAGCGCGAGACCGUUCAGCCAAGUCAAACGCAACAGCAACCGCAACAGCAACUCCCCAGAAGCCCCCAGAAAGAGGACUGGCGAGUGGAAGCGACCGAUGACGCGGGACACGUCCAGACGUCGGACGAUUCCAGCUGCAGCCAUCAUUACCAUAUGCACCAUCACCAUCAUCAUCAUCUGCAUCGGGAAACUGGUGACGGUGCCAGACACAGGAGAACCAGGGAGAGCCCAAGGAAGAAGACUGGCGGAUAUAUUUCCGCUAGAAGAAGAAGCAACGAGGACAAGGACGCAGCCAUAACAGGCAGCUUGCCGCGAAGAAGAUCACGCGCGGCGGACGAUAUAAUGUGUUCGAGGCUGAGUCCAGGCCGUUAUCAACACAGUCCAGGGCACAACGGGCAACGAACCAUGAUUGUCGAAUCGCACAGCGCUGAAACUAGAUUAAAGGCUCUUUCAGCCGAGUCUUUGAGGUCUGUCAGUCCUGGCAGCGACAGUGUCUUUUACAACGAGAGCGCGGACCAAUGCCUCGCUGUCAGCACACAAGUCACCCCCCAGUGUCACCACUGCGGCAGAGAGGUCUCGGAAGAGAUCGUUCGACCGCCGGCAGGUUUCGCGGACUCUCCGGAAGGGCACAGGGCGACGCCGAAAUACGUGUCCGGGCAUAGACUCUACAAGAAGUUCGACAAGAGGUACCGAUCCGAGGACCGUGGCGACAGGAGGCAUCGACGCAGCAGCGCCGGUCGAUCGGACGUCAGAGCGAAAUCCGAGGAAAGGGCUGCAACCAGACACGGAAGCAGGGGGUCUAUCGAUGAAAGCGCUAUGGGUAGAAAGAGGCUUCACGCGAGGAGCACGGAUGUCAGUUUGGAAAUCCUUACAGGCCGAGAAGACGAGGACAGCUACGUGGAGCCGUACACAAGCAGUGAAUGGAUUUACAUCGGCGACCUCGAGGAGAGCCAUGUGUGGAGAAAGCCAGACAGCAGGGACGACGACGACGAAGUCCCGGAAAGUAUCGUUAAAGAAAGGAGGAGCUCCCAGGAAUCGACGGAAAGCGAAAGAAACUUUUGGAAGAAGUACCAGGCGGCGACACAUCGGAUGAUUCAUCGGAAAAGUAGCGUGGAGAUGUAUAAAAGGAUACAAACCAAGAGUUUCGAAAGCGACAAGAGGGUCAUAGUGAGACGCGAGGCUGGCGGGGAGUUCGGUUUGCGCAUUCAUGGCUCGAAACCGGUGGUGGUUUCCGCCAUCGAGCCCGACACGCCGGCGGAGACCUCCGGCCUCGAAGUUGGCGACAUAAUAAUGUCGGUGAAUGGUAAAAGUGUCAUGGACGCGACGCACUCGGAAGUCGUCAGGCUCGCGCACUCCGGCACCGAUGUCCUUGAACUCGAAGUCGCUAGAACCUGCAACGUGUUGGCGCCUAGGGUCGCCAGGCCGGGCACGAAGGAAGGUGCUGACGAGGCGCCGCUGUGUUCCGGUUACCUUUGGAGGAAAUCCACGACCUCCUCGAACAAAGACAAGUGGGUUCGAAGGUGGUUUGCUCUGCGUCGCGACAAUUGCCUCUACUAUUACAAGACUGACGCGGAUUCACAGCCAGUGGGGGCAGUAAUGCUGAUAAAGUACGAUGUGGAGCAAACGCCCGAACUGAGGUUACACAGUUUCGCGAUAAAGAAGCAGGGUGCGCCGACGCUCCGGCUCGCGGCCGACACCGAAGAGGCCGCAACCCGAUGGACGACCGUCAUUAAGGAAGCCAUAGAAAGAAAUGACCAGGUAGACACCUGGCUCGAGGCGUCGUUGAGGAUGCGCGAGAUGCCGCCAUGCGCCAUUCAAAGACCUGAUUGCUUUGGAUACUUGAGCAAACAGCAGGAACACGCGAGGAAGACCUCGUCGCCGACCGGCUGGCCGAAACGAUACUGCGUGCUGAAAGAUGCAGCGCUGUAUUUCUACGACGACGCGAACGCUGAGAAGGCAUUCGGGGUUGCUUGUCUCCACGGGUUCAGGGUGCACAGCAGCGCGCCGACUUCCGGCGGCAGGAGGCACGCGUUCGAACUGCAACCGCCGGACCCUACCCAGAGGAGCUACAUAUUCGCCACUGAAUCCGACAUGGACAAAAAACGCUGCUGUAGUUUUCAAGAUAUUCGACCGAAUAUAUUUCUCACCCCCAACUUUGAGGACUAUUUUCAUCCCUUCGAUACGAAUGGUUGCCGAUCAAAAAACUAGAUGGCUCGCCGCCCUCGAAUACUCGAUUGAUCGAUGGAUAAAGAUUGGUUGACAAAGGCCGGUUCACCGCACAAAGAGGCAAAGAAGUCGAAGUAGCGAGGACACAUUGCGGUGUCCUUCGCCUCUUCCCGUUUCCGGUUCCUAACGAACAUUGUCGCAAAUCACAAACUCGCCCACCAUCGUCAUCGUCGUCUCGAUUGUCGCGCGAAAGUUCAUCAUGUGGAUCAUGUCGCAAAUACUCGUCAAAUUCGCGAUUCUCCGGAAGCCCAAGCAUUAUUAUUAACCAGUUAGCCGUUUUCGACGAGUAUACACGUCAUGAAAGAAUGGCAAGGUUUUAUGUUACGACGAGUAUACUCGCCAUGAAGAUAUUGCAGUGUUUUGUGUUAUGACGAGUAUAUUCGUCGUGAUGAAAUUACAAGGUUUUAUGUUACGGCGAGUAUACUCGUCAACAACAGGUAUAACUUACUUUUCGCGACACAUUUUAGGUACACACUUUUCAAAGUGGUCGCAACAGCUAACUGGUUAAACAUUCGUUUCUACGGAUUUUAAUCAGAUCCUUCUGAAGAUCACAACAGGAACACCGAUCUUUUUCAUAUACGCUGUCUCAACACACGUAAAUAGAAUUUACUAGUCCAUACCGCGAAAUUGAACGAGAACUAUGUUGCACAAAUUUUCGAAACCACCUGUAACAAUAAUUGUCGUUUAAUAAUAAUCGAGUCCGUCGGCACCGAUAACGCCAGAUUACCAAUUACAAACGAUUUCACCCUCGAAAACGAACCAGGUACACGUCUGCUUCGAUUUUGUACAGAUUUUCGUCGACAUGCCCCCUCUGUGCUCCCAAAUUUCAAUUUUUAGCUGUCGGUAUUACUGAUUCUCUUAAAACACGACGAUCUUAUUGUUACAUAUUAUUGCAAUCCCCGAUUCAUACAUUUUGUCAGUCUAAAUGUCGGUAAAUACUGUUUUAUGAUAAUUCAUAGUUCUUUGUAGCGUUACAUUUGUCUGACAGGGAAACAUUUUCACUUUUCAAGUGGAUUUAGCAAGAAAUUAUUUGCCCCGUAGAAUUCAUUGAAGAUAAAACAAUGAGUAGAAUAUUAGCUACUAAUACAUUGGUUGAUAAGAAGAAGAAAUGUAUUAGGAUUAUGUUUCAGAUAUAAUUUUAUUAACAAUGAAUUCUAAAUGUCAUGUUUAUCGUAGGUACCAUUAAAGUGAUUACUAUGCUUAAAGAAGAGGCGAUUUUCAGAAAAGAAAAUGAUUGAUGGUAUUACAGAUUAGGUCACCUACUAGCAGUUAGUAACUCGCACGUAAAUAAGAUUUUAUUAUUACUGUCAAAUAUUUCUUGCUAAAUUAAUAGUCCUGUGAAAUGUUUCUUUGCACAGUGAAGUAAACAAAUUACAAUAAAUGCUUCAAGCAACGUUUCUCAAAAUUGUAAUUCUUUUCUGAAUAUUAAUAGUAUGCUUUCAUGAUGAAUUUAAUGAGAAUUAUGAAGUUUCACGUGUAGGUAAUACAGAAGUACUCAUUUCAUUAAUUUAUAUAAUUAUAGAAUCAAAGAAUCAACUGCAGAUCACUUUCUCAAAUUAUUUCGUACACGUUAGUUAUAAAAUUUUAAUUACACUACCUGAUUAAAUGUUUAGUAAAUAUGUUCUUCAUUAAACCCUUAAUGUACCCACCCCCUGUUCAUCCUUUAUGUUAAUUUAUUUUAAUUUAAUCUAAUUUAAGUAAUUUAAUUUUUAUUUAAACCAUAACUGUUACAUCCGAAAUGAAUUAUGUAUAUAAAUGUAUAUAAGGCAAGCCAAGGAAAAUGAAACACCGGAUGUAGAAUAGAGAAACAUAUACCAUGAAUAAAUAGGCAAUAUAGAUUCAUAAAUCAACCCUGACAGAACAGUAUGUAAUUUGUUGUUUGAAUAAUGAUAAUGUUAUAAUUGUUCUUAUUUAACUGCUACGUAUGAAAGAAAGAAAAAUUGUCAAUAUUUAUAUCAAUUCUUUCUUUGUUUUUUUGUCAUUUCUUUUUAUGCUGAAUAGUUUGAAGUACUACAAUAAAAGAGUUAGUUACUCAGCAUACAAAAAAUUGGGAAACAAAAGAAUUGAAUACGAUUAAUCACUGAUAUUUAACAAUUAAAUAGUUGUAAUGUAUGUUCUCCGAUUUGCUAAUCCUUUCUUAAAAUUCCUUUGUAUUUUCACACACAAAUAUCAUUACACCAGCCAACCUCAAGGAUUUAAGUUUUAAGGUAAUCAUAAAAUCUAUCCUCCGUUUAUUAUUACAUUGUCGUUAUUCCUGUAAGAAAAUUUUAUGUUAAUAAUUCUUUUUCAUUCGUUUUUUGUUUACUAUUUAUUGCGAUUGAUUUACGUGACCGACUGUUGUCCUGAUCUUUACACAAUUUGUACAUGCAUACUUUUUACUAUUUUCAUUGCCUUUCGUUUUUUUAGAAAAUGUAUUGUUUUCUUAAAAUUACGUUAUUACUAAUUGUCACUAAUUAAGUGUACUCGUCGUUAUCAUACGUAUGUCAUAAAUAAAUACGAACUGAGCACAAUAUAAAAAUGAUAUUACCUUCACCGUUUUCUUUUUACUUUUUUUUAGUAACCGCCGAUGUUUGAGAAACGAUGCUUCAAGUAGUUACUGUCAAUGGUAGGUCAGUCACGACUGUUAAAACUUUCGCAGCCGAUAAUCCUCAAAUCCACCAAAACCUGGGAGGCACUAUGAAUCAUUAAAAUCUAAAUACGUCAUUAAAGAAACCAUAAAAUAAACAAACUUAUUUUAAAACGUUGUAGCACUAACUGUUUUUAAUUUCAAUAGCUCAUUGGCUAAACAGUUACCAAUAAAAAUGAAGGAACAAAGUUAUUUUAAUGAAUAUCAUACUUUUUAUUCACGCUUACAAGUAUUGAACACGUAUAUAUCAAUUUUGCACUUUUCUCUGUAAUUAUUUUACCGAGUAAAAAAUUUUACGGCUUUACAUUUUGUAAAUGUUUACUGAAAAAAUUCAUAUCCUUAAUUAAUCACUUCGUUUCUUACCUUUUAUUGGCGAAUUUGUUGAUUACCUCACAAGUACAGUUAAAAUUGUACAUACUAAGUGCUGCGUCAACAUUUAUAACCAUUACUGAAAGAAAACGUAGUGCUGCUUCAUUGAACGUAGUAAUACGCCGUCGUCCGCGAAAGUGUUAACACUUCUCGCUGAAAUCCUGAACCAGUGCUCGCCGUUUAGUACACCAUUUGUAUAGCGAUUCUCGACUUUUUGGAUUCGGUCUUUAUAUACGUGUAACAAAACAUCGCAUUACCUUAUCGAUACGCAGGAAUUGAAAUCUUAUUCGUAUUUAACGAGCGUCGAACAUCAAAAAAACUGAAAAAAAAGAAACAAGAAAAAGAAACGAGAACGAGGAUUAUUUAUUCACCGAUUGUGUCUUGUAUUAAUUAGAAGGAUUCUCACGUUCACUUACAGAUAUAGGACCUCGACUUAGCUUUAAGGUGGUGAAAGAUCGUUCGCUGCAUUUUCACGAAUUUCCACGUGAGUGUUUACCGAAACAAAUGAUAGAGAACAGUUGAAAGAAAAUCAUAUGGAUGCUCAAGGUCAUUCGCUCAUUAGAAAUCAUUUUUACGAUGUUCGUUUCAGUAGAGUAAUCUUAUUGCAAAUCGAUCGAGCAAUUGUGAGCACAAGGGAAAAAUUUCCAGGAUAAAUCGAUGAGACAGGAAUUGUUAAUACAGCGAAGAGCAGGGAGAGGGGGAAGAGUAAAAGAAAAGGAAGCAUGUAGGGGGAGAGCUGGUAAUAUGGACCACUUUUUUUGUUGUAGAUAAAAUAAAUAAUUUUAACUUACAGGCUACGAGAAUUUUAUUUUAAUAUUAUUAAAAAAUUUAACGACUCGUAACACUUAUUUUAUGGGUUUAUGUAUACCUUCAUGUUAUAGAUAAAAUAAAUAAUUUGAAUUCACAGACUGCGAGAAUUGUGUUUCAAUAUUACUAGAAAAUGUAACAAUUGGUAACUUUAUGGGUUUCUGUAUUGAAUAGUGUCAUAUACUUAAUCCAAGUACUCAAUAUUUUAAUGAUUAGAAAUGACAAAUUAUUUCUUUCAACUAACACAAUUUUCGAAAUCAUCUAAUAAUUUAAUUACUUUUUUAUUAAAUUAC